CAAGAAAAAUGAUGGGAGUCAAUGGUCGUUUCCGGAUUUUCAAUUAAAAAUGUGAUACUCACUUCUGAAACCAUUUUCGCUUUUACCUGAAAAUUAAUGAAAAUUUCUCCGGACACCCUUUCAACCCAGCGAAACCCAGCGUUUCGCUUGAAUCAAUAUAACUUUUAUGUUAUUAUGGAACAAAAUUAAAACAUUCUCCUUUGUCUUGGCACUUUUAAUUUCGUGGAAUGGAGCCUUACUGGACGCACGCGAAUUCUGGAAAACAUGGAGCCGCGGGCGAAGGGUUUUCCAUUGGGAAUUCCAGGAACGUCCUGCAGAACACCCCCGGGAAUGACUUUCAAUGCACUUACUUCCGGCAGCGGAUUAACCGAAGUCCGACCACUGCAAAAAAGGGUGGCAAUCUUUUUCCCGUGAAAAGCCAUUACACGUCACCGUCCGACGUUUCGGAUGGAUAUACAGACUCGGACAGCGAGUCCGAGAGCACUUCGAACGUUGAGCGAUGGUUGGAGUCUUUGCCCGCCAACAACGCCUGGUCCAGUGCUCCAAAUUACUCGGCACUCGAUGGGUCGGGAGGCCUGGAAGGCGUCGACGAGAUUCAGGAAGACGCGAAAAAGAACGAAGAGAGCGACAUUACAGCUUGCUCCGAUAACGCUGGGAAUACCGUGAAAACGUCAACUGCUAAGAGUAGAGAUUCAAAAAUUGAAAAGAAUUCAGAUGAUCUUGGAAAACGCGUGUUCGCCAGACGGGACCAGGUCUCCAUAAUCCCGGAUCUACGCGAUCAGGAGCUACCGCUGGAACAGAUGCAGGUUACCGUCAAAAUUCGUCAGAAAAUUCCAGUAUGGACCAAACUUCGUCGAGGGGCUGGGAACUUACUCAUGAAUAAGAAACUGCUGGAGAAAAAAAUCGACGACAAGGCCGACGCAUCAACCCCGUUCGGAAGUACUGCUGGGUCCGAGGGGAUUUUAGAUAUUUCCAUCGACAAACAAUCGAACACGCCCUGGAGCAGCAACGACCCUUUAAAAGCCACGGAAGAACGAACUGAGAUAGAACAAAAAAUUCCUGAGAAGGGUGGCUGUGAAAACUUGAUGCAAGAAAUGAUCAAUCGACUGCUGACCGUAUCGACGUCCCCUGGCGAAAAAGAGUCGAUGGUCGAACAAAAACUGGCUAGGACGGAGUUGCGAUCCUUUUCGAGGAUUUUUGAGGAUUCAGAAGAUUUGCGUGAGAAUUUCGAAGACGGUAUAUCGCAAGAGGGUGCAAAAAGCGUUAGAUCGAGUGCCACGUUUACAAACUUAUCCCCAAAAGUUGCGAAAACAAAAAUCAGCGAUAAUGAACAAGUGUGGCAAAAACGAACUGCAGUGCAAAAAACGACGAAGAGGAAAGCAAAAGCUCAGAGGAAGAACUUGAAACGUACGAAAGGGAUCGCGCAAACAAAGCAAGCCGACAUCACAUUGUGUAGAAUAAAACCGACGCGAAAAUCAGUCGUUGAAAAUUUGCACGAGGCAAGAGAAAUCAGACCCCCGAAAGCUCCACGCUUAUCACGAACCGUCAGAUUUCAGGACGAAGUUACGGCGUACUCGUCGGGUGAAUUUCGGGGGAAAUCGGGAACCGCUAAGGCUGCCAGAAACAAACGUAUACUUCAGAAAAUUAAGCAGAUAGUUAAAAAUAUCGAGAGCGAGGGUCUUAUACUGGGUGAAAAAGGUGCGAUGAGAGAACUUGACGAUAAUCGGAAAGCAACACAAAUUUCGAUUUCUGAAACGGAACCUGAGGAUGCCUCUGAAUCGAAGCGCUCUGGGUCCCGAGUCAAGAGCGCUUUCGAAGGACCGAUGCCUGCGAUUGAAAAACGGAAAAUCGAGACCAAAAAGCCGAUUUUUUCGAACCCCUUCAUCGAGGAAUGUUUGGACAGAGCAAUGGAAGUAGCGUUGAAUAAAUAUAAACGUCCUGCAAACACCUGGGAGAACUUUACAAAGCAAAAGAAGCGCGGGAGCAUUUCGUCGUUCACGUACGAGCCGCCAGCCAAGAAGCAAAAACCGAAGUCAUUCAAUCCCAGCAUCGAGAAUAUUUCACGUGAAGAUUUUUCAAAGCUAAAUUCAUGGCAGUCCGUUCACAAAUACUUACUUUUACAUUCGUCAUGUAAAUGA